UUUAUAAAUUAUCAAAUCGGUACAGCAACGACCGAAGCAGCCAAAACUUCACUCAAAUCUUCAACUAUUUCUCAAACAGCCCAAUUCCAAAAGCAUAUCCACAAUGGCCAAGUCAAUUCGAUCCAAAGCUAAGAUGGCUUCUCGUGCCCGAAAGAGGAACAUGUCCCACUAUGCCGCCACUGAAGCAGCUCGAACUCAACGUCUGUCCGACAAGCUCUUGGGCAAGGACAAGAAGGAGGAUGGAGACAAUGAGGAAGUUAAGGAGGAGCGCAUUGAAGGCGAAGAUGCUGAGAUGAAGGAGGAACCCAAGAAGAUCUCUACAUCCGGAUACAGGGGUUCAAGAAAGGAGCAAUGGAGGACCGCUAGAGGUAUGAGCGUCAGGCCAAAGGGCAGUACCAAGGCCAAGAGGAACACCAGGAGACGUUAGAUUGGGGCUUUAGAUGAGGUGUGGCAUAUAUGAGAUGUUGUACGAUAAUCUUACCUGGA